AAAAUAUGGAAACAAUAAGCCAAUAUAGUGAUAAUGUAAGGUAUCAGUUAGCACAGCAGCAGUUAGACCAAAUGUUCAUGAAGUGGAUCACCCAGGAUAAAGUUCAAUUGUUUGUGAAUAAGUUAAUAGAAGAAGUACAUGAUCCUACUAGCAAUAUUCUGUCUCCUCCGCCUCCAAUAUUUAUUAACAAAAUGUCUACUCCGGUAAGCCCGAGUGACAAGAAAUCUGGAGCUUCAUCAUUAUUGGGUAAAAUAGGGAGGACGCCUCCCAAGAGUCCUUCUGGGAAUAUUAAAUACCAUACCUUAGUGAAUCCCGUGUUUGAGCCAAUGGAAAAUAAGGAAGAAGAAAAAGAUUUGGCUUCUUGAACUCUGAAACAGAAGCAGUUGACAAAGGACAUGACUAAAAAGCACACAGUUCCUAAAUUUUAUUAUGAAGAAGGAAGACCCCUAGAAGAGGAGAUAGUCAAGAUAAAUAAUGAGGAGAUCAGUAAUGUUUUCGGCGACUUGCAGGAGGUCACCAAAGAAGAAUUCCUCCCAAUUACAGAAAAAGUAUUCAAAUUUCCCAAAUUUUUAAAUUCUCUGUUGUUCAAAAGGCUGGAUACAAAGAGUGCAGGCAAAGUAAGCUACACAGAUUUCAUGGAUGCUUGGAAUGCAGAGUAUGAGAGAAUAGAGGUGUCGAAAAGGAUAUUCAAAAUCCUGGCAAAGCCAGGGGAGAAAUAUAUUCAUUACGAAGAUUUCAAGCCAAUGCUAAAAGAGCUUCUAGAUACUCACCCUGGUCUUAAUUUCUUGCAAGCAACUCCUGAAUUUCAAGAUAGGUAUGCAGACACAGUCGUUAUGAGAAUAUUCUUCACCAUAGAUCGAAAUGAUGAUGGAAGAAUCUCCUAUAGAGAUUUAAAGCAGUCGAAUUUUAUAAAAACUCUCUUCUAUGUUGAUGAGGAGGAAGACAUCAACAAAAUCAGAGACUACUUCUCAUAUGAGCAUUUCUACGUCCUCUACUGAAGAUUCUGGGAACUUGACAAUGACCAUGAUUUUAUGAUUGAUAAAGAAGACUUUAGUAGAUACGAAGGUUAUGCUCUCUCCAGGAAAACCAUGGACAAAAUAUUUGAACAAAUCCCGAGGAAAUUUAAAUCAGACAACCCAGAGAAAAUGCUGUAUGAUGAUUUUGUCUGGUUCAUGCUCUGUGAGGAAGACAAGACAACUAAGAGAAGUCUUCAAUAUUGGUUUGAUAUUAUUGAUCUUGACAGUAAUGGGAUAAUCACUCCUCAUGAGAUGGAGUUCUUUUAUGAAGAACAAGUUCAGAGGCUACAAUCUCUGAACCAUGAACCGAUACUGUUCAAUGAUUUGUUGUGACAGAUGAAUGAUAUGAUCUCACCUAAGGACGAAGCUAAUUUUACAUUUGAAGAGCUAUGGGAGCGUAGGGACAACGUUGGAAUUUUCUUUAACUGCUUGUGUAAUCUUAACAAACUGAUCUCCUAUGAAACUCGAGACCUAUUUGCACUCAAGCAUCAGACAAAUGAGAACCCAGACUAUUCUGAAUGGGAUCUUUUUGCCAAAAGUGAAUACGAGCGCCUCGCGAUGGAAGAAGAAAACCCUGAAGACUCUGAUGUCAUUGAUACGAUGGAUAAUAUGGAUAAUAUGGAUGCUGGAGGAGAUGGCAGUGAGGAUUACACUUAAAUU